UACAGUAUUUUUAAUUGACCUUCGCGACGCCGCCAAUUACAAGACUACUUUAUCAUUAGAUGGAUUUCCCACGAGGCGACGCAGAUGUCGAAAGAGAAUGCAAAUACAGAUAUAUCAACUCGCAGUUGGAGGCGAAAACUAUGAAUCUAUUGAAGGAAGUGGAGGAAAUGUUGACCUAUGGUGGCAAACCUGCGGAUGAUGAUUUUCGCGAAUCCCAAAAUAAUAGUCCACCUUGUUGCAGUUCCUUGACUGAAACAGUUGAUUCCCCUAAGCAGACAUCUGACUCCUGUGACAAGGAAGUAUAUGUCACUGAAUUUGAAAAUCGUGAUGAGCAUAAUAAAGAUGAAAUAAACGACGGAAAUAUUCUUCCAGAACCUGCUGCAGGUCUAAGUUUGAAUGCUCAAAACCGAUAUUUGAAAGCGAAAGUUCGUGUGUUAAUGGAAGAAAAUCAAAAGCUCAAUUCACAAAUAAAUCAUCAAAGUGAAGAAACAGUUAGAAUGAAAAACCGUAUUCAAGAACUGGAAGAAGAACGUAAUCGUUUGCACCGGGUUACAUCUUCACAUUCAAGUCAGUUAGAGAAAAUGAAGAAGAGUUUAGGUGAAACGCGAACCCACUGUAAUACUCUAGAAACUGAAAAGACUAAUUAUAAAAAGGACUACGAUUCAGUUAAACGUAGUUUGGAUCAACAAGCCGCUGAAAUUAAAACGCUGACGACACGUCUCAACCGUGCAACAGAGGAAUCAGAUCGUUACAAAGUUGAAUUAGAGAAGGUUCGUUCAUCGACACGUGAAAGUGUAGAAUCCUUGCGUCAUAAUGUUGAUAAUUUAAUGGCUGAAAAUAGACGAUUGGAAAAACAAAAGUCUGAGUUAAUUGGAGCAUUCAAAAAGCAAAUGAAGCUGAUUGAUGUAUUACGCAGGCAAAAGAUGUUAAUCGAAGCUUCAAAGUGUUUGCAAAUCACAGAAGAGGAAUUUUUGAAGGCUCUAGAUUGGUAAAGUUGCUUGAUGCAAACAAUUCUGCUUCCGAAUUUUAUGUAAUGCACUUUGCAUCUGAGAGUUUUUCAGUUUAUCACUCUAACUAUAACCAUAUCAUAUCUAUGGACAUUUAUUGUUUUACUUUCGUUCAUUUUAAUUUCACGAGUUGUACUGUCCUUGUAGCAGGAAAUAUAUCCUUCAUAUCGAAAGCAUA